AUGCAACAAAAAAGACAACCAGAGUUAGUAGAAGGAAAUCUUCCUGUUUUUGUGAUUCCCAGGGAGCUAAUAUUUCAUGCAGAUGAUCAGUCAAAACAUAAGCAAGUGUUGACUCUGUAUAAUCCCUAUGAAUUUGCCUUAAAGUUCAAAGUUUUGUGUACUACUCCAAAUAAGUAUGUCAUCGUUGAGGCUGUGGGUGCAGUAAAACCUCAGUGUUGUGCGGAUAUUGUCAUUCGUCAUAGAGAUGUUCAAUCCUGUCACUAUGGUGUAAUCGACAAAUUCCAUGUCCACAUUUCCGAGCAAAGCCAGAGGAAGGCUUUAGGAAGGAAAGAGGUUAUUGCCACUCGUCUCCCAUCUGCAAAAGAACAACAAAAGGAAGCAGAGGAAGAAAGGAUAAAGGAACAUUUGACAGAAACAAACAGAACUGUCUCUUCAGGACCUAGUUUACUAACUGUCUUCCUGGGAGUGGUGUGCAUUGCGGCCCUGAUGUUGCCUACGCUGGGGGAUAUGGAAUCGUUGGUGCCUCUCUACCUCCACUUAAGUGUGAAUCAAAAAUUAGUGGCUGCUUAUGUCUUAGGUCUUAUCACAGUGGCUAUACUAAGAACAUAA